CUCUCUCUCCCCUAUCUAUCGCAAGCAAGACAGCCGCCACCCUCGUAUUCGCGACAACCCUAGCCGACUCCGGGAUUUCGCUCCAAGCUGCCGGCCGGCGGUCCUCGCCGGCGACCACCCGGUUGCCGCCUCCUCUCCUCGCGUCGGUGAGCCCUUCCCUCAUCUCUUGCGAUCCCUCUCGGCUCGAAAGCUUGCCCAAUUCGUCCCCUCCUCCCCUCUUCGACGUGACUUUGCCGAACGGAGACGGGAUUGAGGGCUCAGAAGUAAUAAGUUGCGAUGAAACGCGGAAUGCGGGGCAUAGGGAGCGACCGUAAGUCAUUCGGGUUAUAACGUAAAACCAUACGCGCGUUCCCCAACCUCCAGCCCCAACGCCGUAAACUCCAAAUUCCGAAAACCCUCGAUAACAAAGGGGCGGGGAAGUGGCGACGGGAGCUAGCCGGAGAGUGGAUUGACUGAACCAACGACGUGUGUUGAAGAAGAGGAGUUCUUGAGACUUGCGGAUUUAAGCUAAACCACUCCAAUCGGGAUUUUUGAUUCGGUAGGGUUUGCAGUUGUCGUUUUUGCUGUUUUUUUGCAGGAGUUAAGUUGAAUCCUGCUACCGAGCAACGGAUGGCUCGCUUUCGUAAUAAGAAGAAAAAGAUGCCGGUGGAUACUCGAGCUGUAAAGAAGCGGCCAAGCGUCGACCAUUUGACGGGCGAGAAGAUCCCUAAGAGCUUCGUUUUCUCGAGAGGAAAGUUGCCCGGAUCUCUCAAGCAGCUGGAGCUUGAUCUCCGCAAGGUCAUGCUUCCGCAUACCGCUCUUAAAUUGAAGGAAAAUAGAAGGAAUAAUUUGAAGGAUUUCCUGAAUGUUGCUGGGCCUAUGGGUGUUACUCAUUUUUUAAUUCUGUCAAAGCCCAAGACUGUGCCUCAUUUGAGAGUUGCAAGAACACCUCAAGGCCCUACGCUUACCUUUGAAAUACAGGAAUAUGCUUUAGCUGCUGAUGUGGCUCGUGCACAAACUCGACCAAGGUGCCCUCAAGGAAUUUUUAAUAAUUCUCCCCUCAUUGUUCUUUCUGGCUUUGGGAGUGGAGGUCAACACUUGAAACUCACAACUAUCAUGUUUCAGAAUAUUUUUCCAGCCAUUGAUAUUAAUACUGUUAAUCUUUCAUCCUGCCAAAGGAUUUUUCUGCUAAAUUAUAACACCGAAACAAAACUUAUUGAUUUUCGGCAUUAUUCUAUCAGACUUCAACCUAUUGGAGUAUCACGAAGAAUUAGGAAGUUUGUACUGAGCCACAAUGUGCCCGAUUUGAGGAGUUUGCAAGAUGUGAGUGACUUUGUUACAAAAGCUGGCUAUGGAUCAGAGAGUGAAGCAGAUGAGGAAUCAGCAACUGUUAGUUUGGCAAAUGAUCUUGGCAGAGUGAACCGUGCUUCGACGAAGAGCGCAGUCAAACUUCAGGAGAUUGGCCCAAGGAUGACUCUCAGGCUUGUUAAAAUUGAAGAGGGCUUGUGUUCUGGAGGUGUUAUAUUCAGCGAAUAUGUGAAAGACACGGAGGCAAGCCAAGGUAGCCAUGAAGAUGAUAAGCAAGCAACUGCUGAAGAAGAAACUGAGGCAGAUUAAAUAGUUGGUUCUCUUGUUUCUUCUAAUUCCAGGCUUCUAGUUUUGGGUUAACUGUUUUUUUUUUACCUCUUUUGUAUGAAGUUCUAAGGCUGUUUUAUGAGCUAAUUUUUUUCUUUGAACAAUUUUAUCUUUUCAUGUUAUCUAAAAUUCUAGAUUUUAUCAUUUGCAUACGUAUCACAUAUUUUCUUAUAUAUUUACAUAUAUAACACCCAAACCUUUAUACCAAA